UCGAAAAGCAUGUGAAACAGAUUUGAUUUUUAUUUAGUUCUCUCUUUCUUGUCACCUUUAAAAAAAAAAAAAUAAAUAAUAAUAACAAAGCUGCUUAUGAAAGGUUCUUUCAUUUGUAUUAUUCAAUUUUUAGCUUCUGACAUUCUUUUUAUAUCGAAAGCUUUUCAAUAGUAGCCGAAGAAGAAAGGAUGCUAAAGAUGCCUGUGCUAAAAUUUAUUUCAGCUUGUAGUAUUAAAGCUUUAAUGCCAUGCAGUGGAAUAAUGUCAAAAUCUAAACGAGUUUACCUAGUGAAGAAAACUUUGCCCUUCUUCUCAAUUCGUCACAUACACAUUGGAAGAAUCUGUAAUUUAGAAAGCAGAGAAGGAGUUCAAAAGAGCGUUUCCGCUCUCCAAGCAAAAAAACGGGUUCCCAGAAAGAAAACCUUAAAGAGUGAGAAAAGUACUGACCAGGAAACGUGGCUGACAGUUGCUUACAGUUCUGCUGAAGAAUAUGACAUGAAAUUAUUAUCAAGAGAGUUAGAGAGGCAAGGCUUGUAUGAACGUCUUUCAUUACCAGAAGAUGCUGCAGAUGUGAUUCAUGUUUGUGCUAAAUAUACUUUGGGGAAAGAAGAACCUCGACAUAUCUAUUUUUUUAGUGAAGGAAGUGUUGUUUUUUGGAAUGUUCCAGAUCUAGAGCAACAGUCCAUUUUAAAGUUUUUGAAACCAUUUGAAACAAAUUCAUAUGAUUUUAAUUUGGUUAAAGAAGAAAAAGAAGAUUUAGAGUACUCUUAUUCUGAGAAAGAAACUAAAUUUUCUGGAGGAAGUAUUGUGCUAAAUUCUGAAAAAGAAACUGAUCUCUACACAUAUGCGUUUUCCAACAGCAUGGCACUCUCAGUGAAAUUAGCUAUGUGGGAAGCAGCUUUAGAAAGUUAUAUUGACAGCAUGGAAUGGGUGACAGAGAAUAUGAAAUGUGGAAAAGAAAUAAAUAUGUCAAGAAGUCACGUGUUUAAGAAAAGAGGUGAACUUUUUGCAUUAAGACACGUCAUAAACCUCAGUUCAGAUUUAUUGGACACUCCAGAUUUUUAUUGGGACCGACAAGAAUUAGAAGUUUUGUAUCAGCAAACUUGUAAUUAUUUUAAUGUAGCAAAAAGAACAAAGGUGAUGAAUGAGCGAUUGAGUUACUGUUCAGAGUUAAUUGAUUUAUUAGGAAAUCAUAUGAACGAUAAGCACCACGUUCGUUUGGAGUGGAUGAUUAUCAUCUUGAUUAUGGUAGAGGUUAUGUUUGAAUGUAUCCAUUUCAUCGAAAAGAUAAUUUAUUAAACAGUUUAGAUUCUUUAUUAUAAAUUUUACAACAUUAUUUGAAAAGAACAUUUGUGUAGCAUACUUCCCCAAUAUUGAAAUUUGUAUUUUUACAA